UCAGUGACGCAAUUCCACGUCCGCUAGCAUUGGCGGCGGAGUGUUUGUUGACAGCAACGCCGCUUGGCUUCAUAGCUUCACACUGCUGUUGUAGUGUCCAUUUUAGUCGGAGAAAAUGGCAUCGUCUAACUCGUACAAGCUCAGGUGUUCCAUCCAGGGUCAUGAAAUGGAUGUGAGGGGCCUCGCAGCCGCUUGUUUCCCAGAGGGAGCUUUCAUUUCGGUGUCCAGAGACCGAACCGGAAGAGUCUGGGUCCCAAACUCAAGCCCGGAUAAAGGCUUCACUGAGAUGCAUUGUGUGUCUGGACAUUCAAAUUUUGUGUCCUGUGUUUGCGUCAUCUCACCUAAUGAAACAUAUCCUCGGGGACUGAUCGCCAGUGGUGGAAAUGAUAAUAACAUUUGUGUUUUCACACUGGAUCAACCACAGCCAAUUUUCACCCUUCAGGGUCACAAAAAUACAGUUUGCACUCUCUCAUCCGGGAAGUUUGGAACACUCCUGAGUGGCUCUUGGGAUACUACAGCCAAAGUUUGGCUCAAUGAAAAGUGCAUGAUGACUUUGCAGGGUCACUCUGCCGCGGUGUGGGCUGUGGUCAUCUUACCUGAACAAGGCCUUAUGCUUUCUGGAUCAGCCGAUAAGACCAUUAAGCUUUGGAAGGCAGGCCGAUGUGAAAAGACGUUUACAGGUCAUGAGGACUGUGUGAGAGGGCUGGCGGUAAUCAGCAACACUGAGUUCUUCUCUUGCAGCAAUGACACAAGUAUCAGAAGGUGGCUGGUGACCGGCGAAUGUGUGCAAGUCUAUUAUAGUCACACUAACUACAUCUACAGCUUAGCUGUCUUCCCCAAUAGCCAAGAUUUUGUAAGCACAGGAGAGGACAGGACUUUACGGAUAUGGAAGCAAGGCGAGUGCUGCCAGACCAUUCGGCUGCCUGCCCAGUCUGUCUGGUGCUGCUGUAUUUUGCCUAAUGGUGACAUAGCCGUCGGUGCGAGUGAUGGGAUAAUCCGGGUCUUUACGGAAGCUGAGGACCGUGUGGCUAGCGCAGAAGACCUGCAGGCCUUUGAGGACGAGCUCUCCAAAGCUACCAUCGACCCCAAGACGGGGGAUCUUGGAGACAUCAAACUGGAGGAUUUGCCUGGAAGAGAACAUCUUAAUGAGCCAGGGAAUCGUGACGGGCAGACGCGGUUGAUCAAAGAUGGACAGAAGGUGGAGGCGUAUCAGUGGAGCGUCAGUGAUGCUCGCUGGAUGAAAAUUGGAGACGUGGUUGGAGGCUCAAAUCAGCAGACCUCCAAAAGUGUGAUGUAUGAAGGCAAGGAGUACGACUAUGUCUUCACCAUUGAUGUCAAUGAGGGGGGGCCUUCCAUGAAGCUGCCUUACAACAUUAGCGACGACCCCUGGCUGACGGCACACAACUUUUUACAGAAGAAUGACCUCAGCCCCAUGUUCCUCGACCAGGUUGCCAAUUUUAUCAUAGAGAACACCAAAGGACUUGUGGUGGGACCAGCCCAGCCUGCUGGUGGUGACCCUUUCACUGGUGGUGCUCGAUAUAUCCCAGGUGCAUCUGAUGAUAUACCAAGUUUUGGAGCGGAUCCUUUCACAGGCACUGGUCGCUACAUCCCAGGAUCAGACUCCAACACAAGUGCUCCUGUAGGUGUAGCAGAUCCAUUUACAGGAGGAGGCGCCAACUCUGCAGCCGCCUCGAGACAAACAUCCACAAAUAUCUACUUCCCCAAGACUGAUGGCGUGACCUUUGAGCAAGCCAAUGCCUCUCAGAUCAUUGCCAAGUUGAAGGAGCUGAAUUUAGGUGCCCCCCUGGAGCACAAGCUCCCUGAAGACACUUUGGAAAGCCUUGAAAGGCUGUUGCUGUCUGUUUGUGGGCCAAACGCCUCAGAGCCUUCUCCAACCAUCCAACAAAUCAGCCUGCUCUGGAAGGCCUCACACUGGCCUGAAGACAUCGUGUUUCCUGUCCUGGACAUUUUGAGGCUGGCAGUGCGCCACCCACAGGUUAAUGAGAGUCUCUGUGGAGAGGCAGAGGGAGUCCAGCUGUGCAACCACCUGCUGAGCCUUAUGAGGCCAGAGGGCCGUCCUGCAAACCAGAUGCUGGCACUGCGGACUCUGUGUAACUGCUUUAGUGGCAGGCAUGGCCGAGCUCUGCUCAUGGUCCAGCGUGAAACAGUGCUAUCACGUGCUGCUGACCUGGCUGCCGUCUGCAACAAGAACAUCCACAUCGCUCUGGCCACUUUGGUGCUCAACUACGCCGGCUGCCUGCACAGACAGCCUGAUCUUGAGGCCAAGGCUCAGUGUCUAUCUGUGGCCAGUAGAGCCCUGGAGACCGUUCAAGACAAAGAGGCUAUAUUUAGGCUGUUGGUGGCUUUGGGAACCACUGUGGCCUCUGACCAGACAGCGCAGGACUUGGCACGCUCUUUGGGUGUCUACUCUCAGAUUUCCAAAUACUCAUCAAUGUCAGAUCCCUCUAAGGUGUCUGAGUGUUGCCAGUUGGUUUUAAAAGAGCUAAACUGAUUUGAAUGAUUUGAAGAAAAAAAGAGAGUACUGCUUUCUAUUACUCUGUUCUUCUUAAUCAGUUGUGGGAAUGAAAUAUUGAGCUUGUAUGUACUUCAGAUAAAAAAGAAUGAAUAAAAACUUUCCAUAUGCA